CAUCCUCGCAGAUUUUCCAUUCGCAGCCGUGCAAAUCUCGAUAUCAGGAGAAAAAGCUCAGGUUUUUUUUUGCUGCAGGAGAGUGAUCUUGUGUGAUAAUGGCGUCGAGGACCCUUUCUCAGAAGGAGCAGGACAUACAGAUGAUGCUUGCGGCAGAUGUUCACCUCGGUACCAAGAACUGCGAUUUCCAGAUGGAGCGCUAUGUCUACAAGCGGAGAACUGAUGGUAUCUACAUCAUCAACCUUGGAAAAACAUGGGAGAAACUUCUACUUGCAGCCAGGGUCAUUGUGGCCAUUGAGAACCCUCAGGACAUUAUUGUCCAAUCUGCAAGGCCGUAUGGUCAGCGAGCUGUUCUCAAGUUUGCACAAUAUACUGGUGCUCAUCCUAUUGCAGGGAGGCAUACCCCCGGAACCUUCACGAAUCAGCUACAAACAUCAUUUAGUGAACCACGACUUUUAAUCCUAACUGAUCCUAGAACAGAUCACCAGCCUAUCAAGGAAUCUGCCCUGGGUAACAUUCCAACUAUUGCCUUCUGUGAUACUGACUCUCCAAUGCGAUAUGUCGAUAUUGGGAUCCCAGCUAACAAUAAGGGAAAGCUCAGUAUUGGCUGCCUUUAUUGGAUGUUGGCCAGGAUGGUUUUGCAGAUGCGUGGCACUAUUCCAUCUGGCCGAAAAUGGGAAGUAAUGGUUGAUUUGUUCUUCUACAGAGAUCCUGAGGAAGCAAAGGAACAAGAGGAAGAGGAAGCUCCAGUUGCUCCUGAUUUUGGUGCAGUUCCUGAUUAUGGUGCCAUGGUACCUAAUGAUCAAUGGGCUGCUGCUGAACAGUGGGUGCCUGAUGCAGCACCUGCACCUGUCAUUUCUCCUCCAGUUCCAGGGGUCGAAGGGACUGCUGCUCAAGCUUCCGAUGGAUGGGACGUUGCUGCUCCACCUCCAGAGGAUGCUGCUGCCGUUACGCCUGUUGUCCCUUCUGGUUGGGAGGCCGUUCCACCUGCUGCUCCCACUGGCUGGGAGUAAAAUGCUCCUAAAUGCUAGUGCUGCAUUAAUCUUCAAAUAGUUUCACCUGAAAGAAUUUGAAUUUUGUUUUAUUAGCACAUUUUGUUCUUCUGAUAACCUCUCAGACUAGUUUCGCCCUUUUCUAGUUUCUUGUUUCUUUGCUUCAUUUUCUUUGCAACAGAUCAUUUCAGUGUUUACUUCUUACCCCAUGUCAUGAGCACCAAUUCUAUGAACAUGUUAUUAGCUGUACGCUAUACGCAAGGAAGAUUUUGUUGAAAUUAAUAAUUAAAAUUAGUGAUGUUUAAGCCUUUUA